AAGUCUCUGCCUUUGAAAAAACGUUUAGCCCAUCUCUCAGGACUCGUACCACACAAUCACACAUGCGAUGCCCACAUUACUUUCUUCUGUUUCUUCUCCUCCUUCUCCCUGCCUUUCUUGAACCAUUCUUAGUCCACGCCCUCUCCCUUCCGCGCUCCUCCGCUUAAUUCUUCAAACCUCUCCUCCCUAAUCAAAAACACAAAAAUUCUCGUUAGCCCAUUUGAGAGAAGAUUGAAAACAUGUUCGGUUGGAAGCAUGCCGCGGCGGUUGCAGUCUGCGUAGGGGUUGCUGCGGUCGUUGUUGUGAUGGUUUUAUGGCGAUGGAAUUGUUACAAGAAGCGUAAACAAAAUGCUGGCAGCGGUGGCACGAUGACAACGGCGGCAGCGACGACGGUUGUUAGGACAGAGAGUUUGCAAGAUGGGAUUCCAAAGCUUCAUCGCCACCAACAACCAAGCAAAAGCAUGUCGACCGGAAACAACUAUUACGGCCGUGGGGUUUCCGGGAAGCCGCUGUUCAGCUGGGGCAAUAAUCCGACGUUCGUCACCGACGCCGUCGAGAAUGGGUGGUCACGAUUCGGCUUCACAAAUUAUCAGUCUUCUGGUUCGACAAGGUCGAGACUUUUGGGGAUGUGCGCGGCCGGCGAUCAGAGAGUUAGGGAUGCACAGCCGGAGAUAAGCUGGGAAGUAUGUCAGGGAUCAGCAGAUUUCAUGCAGAAAGUUCGACUCAAUCCGGGGUCGAAAAAAGUGUCAAAUUCAUUAGGCACUGCUGCUUCUGCUGCCUCUGUGAUAAAAACUGCGCUGCCUCUGCCAGGCCCUGCUCUCGGAAACAAUUCCUUCCCGCAAGAAGCUUAUUUCGAGAUCACGAUUUUGAGUCCGCGCGGCGGUGAUGAAAUGAGUCAGUCGAUUGUCAAGGAAGGAGAGAAGAUUAAAUUGAUUCAGAAGAGCUACGAAGAGAAUCCGAGUUCAGAUUCUUUGGUUCAUGUAAGUAGUAGUAGUCAGAGUAUUAGAAGAAUUGAGGAGUUGAAGCUCAGUGUUAAGGAUGAUAUUCAUCAUGGUAAAAAUGAAGCUGUGUUGCUAUCUGUUGGACUCUCCGUCGGCGGCGCUCUUCCGCUCAAACUUCCCGGGAGUUAUCCGGGAAGCAUCGGAUUCGGCUCCAAUGGCUCUGUCCAUCUCGAUGGGAUGAAACUUGUGUUUGAAUCUGAAAAAGCAACAUGGGGAAAAAGAGACAGAGUGAUUGGAUGUGGUUUUGAUCCCAAACAAAAGAAGGUAUACUUCACUGUGGAAUCAGAGCUGGUGCACGUGAUCCACUGCCAAUCAGAGGAAUUCAGCACUCCUCUGUAUCCAACCCUAGCAGCAAACACUGACAUUACAGUCCUGGUCAACCUUGGUCAAAGUGCCUUCAAGUAUGCCCCCGCCAAUGCUCAGAGGACAGCUAACCCUUGCUUUGGGGGCCCUCUUGUGAGAUCCUCCGCUGCUGCAUUCUAUGAAGAUAGCAUGGAGCUCUUCUCCAUGGAUAGAAUUGACUCCCAGUGGCUCAACAGGUGCACAACCAAGGGCAACCAAAACCCUAACCAUGAACUGGAGUUUGAUGAGGAAUCUGAAGCUGAUUUGUUUGAGAUUGUCUUGGAGAGUUGUGGAAGAUCCCCGCACACAGUAUCGUAGGAGCAUAUCGAUGACAUGUCAAUAACAUAACGACAACGAUAUCUACAUAAUGUCAACAGGUGUUACGACAUAUCAAGAGUUGGUAUCUAUUGAUAGUGUUGUUGAUAUCGUGGUCGAUAUGUUAGAUCUGUAGGUACACACAAAUAUUACUAACCAGUGCCGGAGAGAUCAACAACGAUAAAUUUUUCUUGGUUUUUGGCAAAUCGGCUAUAUGCAAAUGCUUGUGGGAGUGAGAAGGGUUUGCUCCUCAUGAAAUAUAUAGAGAUAGAAACAGGAUAAUAUCCUUCUAAAGAUUUUUUCAUUUGUUUACUUUUUGCAGGAGAACAUUUGUUCCCCUUUGUAUAUAUUUCAAAACUCAAAUCUUUUGUUUAAGUUGUAAUUGAGCUUUGAUAUGCCUUGGGUAAUUGGAAAUGAGGAUUCUUUCCCCUCCUAA